UACGGCGGUCCACCUAUCGAUAGCGUUCGGCACUUCGACAGAGUCAGAAACAGCAUCAUCCAACCUCAGACAUCGAUCCGCACAAGACAUUGGAAGACAGUCAACAGGAAUACCAUAACCUACACCAUAUCACACACCACCCAGCAUGGAAUACUCAUCGCCGUUGGCGGCCAUGCACCCGCAGCCAUGCGCCAUCUGGGCAUCUCGAAAGGACGUGCCGGAAUCAAGAGCCAUGUAUCCCAACUUCCAGACAUAUGGUCCCACCACAUUCGACUUCAAGACAUUGAGCAUGCAGCAAAAGCCGCGUCGACAAGACUACUUCUCGUUGAGACCCAUCCGAGGCUCGUCGCCCACGUCCAGUCUCACGGCCGAUCUAGACGCCAACUUCCACAUCGAUAAAAGCCCUCAAGCGCCCACUCCGCGUCGUUCAUUGUUCACCCAAGAUCUGUUCCGGCCGCUCCAAACCCCUCCCGUCGAGCUCGACACUGCCGGCACUCCUCCCAUCAUGUCGUCCUCUCCUUAUCACGGCGACGCCAUGGACAUCUCGCCACUUCCACACAAGGUGCCUCGCUUCGUUGCUCAGGUCACCCUGCCGUCACCCACACCCGAGACAACGCCCGACGAUGGGGAAGACAGUCAUGAUUCCACCCCAGAUCUGUUGACGCCCGAGGAUCUCUUCGAGCCCACUGCGCAAGCUAACCAAUCCACGCAACCACCGAGCUACUUGGCUCUUCCAGAGAGACCAACUCUGACCCGCACCAAAGGUCUCUCCACCAGCCACAUUCCACAACGACCCAGCAGUACCGAAACCCAGCUACCGCCCUUUCGGUUCGGCAAUGUCGCCACAAGCGGUCUCACGUGCUCGUCGACGCCCAGCCUGUUAGAGAGCUUCAGCGAAUCGCCCGUAGAUGACUUGCAGCAGCCAUCCGGUAUCGGCUCGAUGCUCCCUCCUCCCCGUAGGACUUCCCUCAGCGUCGGGAAUCGCAGUAAUGGCUCUCCUUCUUCGGGACACGUUCGAAAGCCUUCGGCGGAGCGCCGAACGGCAUUCAUACGCCCUCAGAGGAAGCUGAUUCGGAGGAGUUUGAGUAUGUUUCAACAUCCCGACGAUGUGAUGAAAGAGGAGCAAGACACUUUUGAGGCACUGCCAUCUCCUCUCGACUCGGUCAUGGACACUGAGCAGGAUCAGCCAUCGAAGUACAGACUACCGCAUUUCAUUCCUGAAGGUGAGCCAGAGGGUCUCCCUCGCAUCACGCAAGAAACCAUGGUCGAGGUGCUGGAGUCGAAGUUCAGCAGUCAAUACGACCGCGUCCUUGUCAUCGAUUGUCGCUUCGAGUAUGAGUACAGCGGCGGCCACAUUGAGAACGCCGUGAACUUCAACGACAAGCAACAACUCGCACACGAACUCUUCAGCACCGGCGUUCCGGCGAACACUUGCCUCAUCUUCCACUGCGAAUAUUCGGUCCACCGCGCGCCUCUCACCGCGAAGUUCAUCCGCGGCCAUGAUCGAACGGUCAACAUGGCCAACUACCCUCAACUCACCUACCCAGAGAUGUACAUUCUCGACGGUGGUUACAGCAAAUUCUUCGCCGCACAUCGAUCAAAAUGCUACCCACAAAGUUAUGUUGAGAUGAACGACCAUCGUCACGAACAGGCUUGCGAGAUCGGCAUGGCCAAGGUCAAACAGAACCGCCAGAAGCUAUUCCGUAACCAGACGUUCGCCUUCGGCCAGAGUUCGGACGACACAGAGGACUCGCCCACCGCCAACCCUCGUGCUCUUAUGGUUGCUCGUAGCCUUAGCAGCUUCACCGUUGGCGCAAAUAUUUCCGAAGGUAUCGGAGCAUCAUUUCAGCGGAGGAUGGCGUCGUAUUGAUCGUGUUCGAUGACAUGGAUCUCAGCGCCAUCAUGCAUCCAACCACCCCAUCGAGAACCGGACAUACCACGACCGACUCGACGUCUCGUUUGCUUUCUAUCUGCUGCAUAGCGCUGCGAUCUUACGGACCAACAGAACGGCCCUGACAUCGAUACAUCCACACCAACACAACUUAAAGCUUCACCUCUUGUCCUUGAUCGACAACUUUGGACAUCUGAACAAACCCAAACCUACUACCAACAUCGGCAUUGAACGCGACCGUUCUGCCCAACAAAGAACACACCAUACACUUGCUACUUUCCCUUUGCCGCGAUUCAGCGAGCUAUUUUGCCCUGGCAUCGACAAAUCCUCGAUCCACAU